UAUAUAAAUUGUGGUUGCGUUGUAAGUGACGACGUGCUUUUUCUCUUUACCUAAUUUUCUGACUCAUUCUCCAUUUUUUCAUUCUCACUUCCUUGAUCGCAUUUUCUAUUGCUUUAUUAACUCUACAAUCAGUUCCGAUUUUUUUCUGAUUCUGAUGAUUUAUUUCAACUCAAUCUACAAAUCAUCGCUGAAAUUUUCGUCCAAACCCUUGUUUCUGUACUCAAUUUCGUCCAAUUUUUACCACUUAGACAACUUCUCCAUAAAUUUCCUAUAGCAUCAACCCUAAUUCCUCUAUUUUUCUUCGGACUCGCUGAAAAUGGGGGAUUGUGUGAAAUCAAGUUCGAUGGAUGAUUUGCCACUCCACAUAAUCCUCGAUAUUUUGACCUCUGGUAGAUUGGGUGCGGUGGAUUUAGUGUGUUUGGAGUUGACUUCGAGGACUUUUUGGGCGAGUCAUGGAUUAUGCCCACCAAAGUUUCGUUCUUUGGUUGAUUUCGCCGCCUUUAGGCUUUGUGGAUCGCACCCCAUUUACUCGUCUCUUCAGGAUAAUGCUCGAAGUGAGCUUUACGACCAGUGUAACGGGAAUUGGAAACGGGUCUUGAGGUUCUUGCAGUCCGUGGAACAGUCUUCCGACAUGGUUCAAACCUCUGCAGGCAACCAGAUGCAGAUCAAGAGCGGAAACUAUCACACGUUGCUGAUCAACGACUUUAGAGUAUACUCUUGUGGUUCCAACAUAUGUGGUGUUCUUGGCCAUGGUCCAGAAACAACACAAUGUGCAGCAUUUACCCCAAUCGGUUUUCCUUCACGAGCUCGAGUUAUUCAAGUCUCAGCAUCCCACAACCAUGCAGCCUUUGUUACACAGUCUGGAGAGGUUUUCACGUGUGGGGAUAACGUAUCAUUUUGUUGCGGUCAUAGCGACACAAGCCGCCCUAUAUUCAAGCCGAAGCUUGUUGAGGCACUGAAGCAUAUCCCUUGCAAGCAGGUAGUUGCAGGGGUGAGCUUCACGAUGUUCCUCACAAACGAAGGCCACGUCUACACUUGUGGGCUAAACUCACAGGGUCAACUCGGCCAUGGAGAUACACAGGAUCGGCCCACCCCGCAAAAGGUGGAAUUUCCCGAAUCUGUUUCUUCCAUUGUUCAGAUUGCUGCGGGCCCCACUUAUGGUCUUGCCUUGACGAACGAUGGAACUCUCUUCUCCUUUGGGUCCGGCACUAAUUUUUGCCUUGGCCAUGGAGAGCAGCACAAUGGGCUUCAGCCUCGUGCAAUUCUUUCACUCAAGAGGAAGGGUAUUCACGUAAUUCGUGUCUCUGCUGGCAACGAGCAUGUUGUGGCUCUCGAUUCCAACGGACAUGUAUAUACUUGGGGCAAAGGCUAUUGUGGUGCAUUGGGCCAUGGAGAUGAGAUUGACAAAAUAACUCCGGAGCUACUCACCAGCAUCCGAAGCCACCUCGCCGUGCAGGUAUGUGCUGGCAAGAGGAAAACAUUCGUUCUGGUGGAUGAUGGAUCGGUUUACGGGUUUGGUUGGAUGGGUUUUGGGAGUCUUGGUUUUACGGAUAGGGGAGUUUCCGAUAAGAUACUUAAGCCUCGAGUUUUGGAAAGCUUGAAACCACACCAUAUUUCCCAGGUUAGCACAGCAUUGUACCACACUGUUGUUGUUACAAACGAGGGGCGAGUUUUGGGUUUUGGUGAUAACGAGAGAGCUCAGCUGGGGCACGACUCUCUCAGGAGUUGCCUUCGACCCACUGAAAUCUUCAUUGAAGGAAAAGUAGUAGACGAUGCACGACAAUAAAAAAACAAUAAAAAAAAGAUGGUGUUUUGUUGAGUUUGUUGUACCAAUGGCUUUGUGAUUCUUGAUUUGUUUAUAAUAUGUAUUUGUGUUUUUCUUUGUUCUUUUUUUGUGUUUAUGAAAACGAAUAUACUGUUGUGAUUUGAGUUUAUAACAUAUUGUAAAAUGUAUUGGAAUUUGGGAAGUGAAAUGCAGUCUUGUGAAUUUGUUGGUUGCA